UUGAAAACUUCAUAAUAAUCCCAUCUUUUCCAUCUCCUCAGUCCUCACUCUCUCUCUUUCUUUCUUUUUAGUCUUUGUUCCCAUUAUUACUAAAACCCUCCUGUUGCUGUAAUAUUCUUGGAAUCAAGCAAGCUAAGCUACACACAUCUUUUCAAAAGACUUGGUCUUUCAUGGUUUCAUUCAUUUGUACAAUAAUCUUCAAAUCUUGAGGCCAUUUUGAGUUUAGAGAACUAUAUUGGACUGUGCCAUCUAGAGAAGGACAUUAUUACUUCUGAACAGUUUUCUUGUGCUUAUCAAGAAAAGCAAAAAAAAAUAAAAAAAUAGCAUCAUCAUGCCUAUAAGGCAGAUGAAGGAAAGUUCAGAACAACACAUUGUGAUCAAACCCCAUUUGCAGAACACCAUGAAUCCAGUUCAGAAAACCCCCAAGACUCCUCAAAAUGGCAAACGGCCCCAAGAACCCCCAAACAACAAAAUCCAUAACCAGAUUUCACCCCCUUCACGAAACAGAGGAAGAAGAAGGGGAAGAGGAGGCAGAAAGUCAGAUCAAGGUGAGACAUUUAUGAGGCCUAGUUCAAGGCCUUGUACAGCAGCAAGCAAGCCAGUUAUAGCAGCUUGUGUUGAAGCAACAAAUGUGUCAGGAGUUGAGAAUAAUGGAAGCAGCUCAGGGUUUCCUUCUUCAAGUAAGUCUCUGUGUUUUGCCCCAAGACCAGGUUAUGGCCAACUAGGGACAAAAUGCAUUGUAAAAGCAAACCAUUUUUUGGCUGAUUUACCAGACAAAGAGUUGAACCAGUAUGAUGUUACUGUAAUCCCUGAAGUGUCAUCAAGAACUGUAAACAGAGCUAUCAUGGCAGAACUGGUGAAACUGUACCUAGGGAUGAGAUUACCAGCUUAUGAUGGCAGGAAGAGUCUUUACACUGCUGGUGAACUUCCUUUUAAGUGGAAGGAGUUUACCAUUAAGCUUGUUGAUGAAGAUGAUGUGAUCAAUGGUCCAAAGAGAGAAAGGGAAUAUAAAGUGGUGAUUAAGUUUGUUGCAAGAGCGAAUCUACAUCAUCUGAGCGAAUUUCUUGCUGGUAAGCGCGCUGAUGGUCCAAAAGAAGCUCUUCAAAUUCUGGACAUUGUUUUGAGAGAGCUGUCGAUCAAGAGAUAUUGUCCCGUUGGAAGAUCUUUCUUUUCACCUGAUAUCCGGAAGCCUCAGCCUCUUGGUGAUGGUUUAGAAGCGUGGUGUGGAUUCUACCAGAGCAUUAGACCGACCCAAAUGGGCUUGUCGCUUAACAUUGAUAUGGCUUCAGCUGCAUUUAUUGAAGCUCUACCAGUGAUAGAGUUUGUAGCCCAGCUUCUUGGAAAAGAUGUGUCGUCAAGACCCUUAUCUGACUCUGAUCGUGUAAAGAUUAAGAAGGCUCUUAGAGGAGUGAAAGUAGAAGUGACACACAGGGGCAAUGUCCGGAGAAAGUAUCGCGUUUCAGGACUAACAUCUCAGCCCACAAGAGAACUAGUAUUUCCUGUUGAUGACAAUUUAACCAUGAAGUCAGUAGUUGAAUACUUUCAAGAAAUGUAUGGUUUUACUAUAAAGAAUACACAUCUUCCAUGCCUUCAAGUAGGGAACCAGAAGAAAGCCAACUAUUUACCAAUGGAGGCGUGUAAAAUUGUUGAGGGACAACGAUACACCAAGAGGUUGAGUGAGAAGCAAAUUACUUCUCUUUUGAAGGUUACAUGCCAAAGACCACGAGAUCGUGAGAACUCAAUUUUGCAGACUGUUCAACACAAUGAUUAUAAUGAGGACCCAUAUGCAAAGGAGUUUGGAAUCAAAAUCAGUGAAAAGCAAGCAUCGGUGGAAGCCCGCGUGCUGCCUGCUCCUUGGCUAAAAUAUCAUGAGACGGGGAAGGAGAAGGAUUGUCUACCUCAAGUUGGACAGUGGAAUAUGAUGAACAAGAAAAUGAUAAAUGGGAUGACCGUUAGCCGUUGGGCAUGUAUCAACUUUUCACGAAGUGUCCAAGAGAGUGUUGCUCGUGGCUUCUGUAACGAACUGGCUCAGAUGUGUCAAGUAUCUGGAAUGGAGUUCAAUCCGGAACCAAUAAUUCCAGUAUACAUGGCCAGGCCAGAUCAAGUAGAGAAAGCCUUGAAGCAUGUUUAUCAUUCAUGUGUAAACAAGCUAAAAGGAAAAGAACUUGAGCUUUUAUUGGUCAUUCUACCAGAUAACAAUGGGUCCCUCUAUGGUGACAUAAAGCGGAUAUGUGAGACUGAUCUUGGUUUAAUAACUCAAUGCUGUCUGACAAAGCAUGUAUUCAAGAUCAGCAAACAAUACUUGGCAAAUGUCUCCUUGAAGAUCAACGUCAAGAUGGGUGGUCGAAAUACCGUCCUAUUGGAUGCUAUUAGCUGUAGAAUACCGUUAGUAAGUGAUAUACCUACCAUCAUAUUUGGAGCAGAUGUGACUCACCCAGAAAAUGGAGAAGACUCUAGCCCUUCAAUUGCUGCUGUAGUAGCUUCUCAAGAUUGGCCUGAGGUGACAAAAUAUGCUGGUCUUGUUUGUGCUCAAGCUCAUAGACAAGAGCUUAUACAAGAUUUAUACAAGACAUGGCAUGAUCCUGCACGUGGAACAGUUAGUGGUGGCAUGAUAAGGGAUCUCCUAAUAUCCUUCAGAAAGGCCACAGGCCAAAAGCCACAAAGGAUAAUCUUUUAUCGGGAUGGAGUGAGUGAAGGACAAUUUUACCAAGUACUGCUUUUCGAGUUGGAUGCAAUCAGGAAGGCUUGUGCAUCAUUAGAGCCAAAUUACCAACCGCCAGUGACAUUUAUCGUGGUACAGAAACGGCAUCACACCCGACUAUUUGCUAAUAAUCACAAGGACAGGAGCAGCAUUGAUAGGAGUGGAAACAUAUUGCCUGGUACUGUGGUUGACACAAAAAUCUGUCAUCCAACAGAAUUCGACUUCUAUCUUUGUAGCCACGCUGGCAUUCAGGGUACAAGUCGGCCUGCACAUUACCAUGUUCUGUGGGAUGAGAACAAUUUCACAGCAGACGGAAUCCAGUCGUUGACUAACAAUCUUUGCUAUACAUAUGCAAGGUGCACGCGUUCUGUCUCUGUGGUUCCUCCAGCAUAUUAUGCACAUUUAGCUGCAUUUCGAGCCAGAUUCUACAUGGAACCAGACAUGCCGGAAAAUGGUUCAGGCAGCCCUCAUCAAGGUGGCAGCAAGGCUAUACGAGAGAUGGGUGUUAGACCAUUACCCGCACUAAAAGAAAAUGUGAAGAGAGUAAUGUUUUAUUGUUAGAAAGAAGCAAUUAACAAGGAGGAGAUCAAAUGUAACAAAUAGUAGGUUAAGAGAGGGGAGUAGUAGCUACUAGCUAGUAGAUAUUUUUCAGACCACAUGGAUCUUUGUUUGUAUAUGUAUGUUCAUCAUGUCAUCAUCCUUAGGUUAAUUUUCAUGUUAGUUUUAAUGAUGUAAAGCGGCUUUAUUUUCAAUUAAUGGUAAUUAGUUAGCAUUGUAGCCAGAUUAAUCCCCAAUGUUUAAUCAAGUCCAAGUAGCAAUAACUCUUUCCUAAUCCUAAAUAAUAGUGGUAUACUGUUUUUGUUUAAUUU